GUUUUCCCUCUUAACGGGUCUCCCCUCUCUCGGAGUCCAUGGCUUGUCUGACACUGAAACCUAUUUGAAAAUCUCUCUCAAGGUCUUUCGAAUUCAGAGGGAAAUACUCGUUUUCUGGUCUCUGUUUCUGUUUCCUUAGCGAUAAUCACAAUGGAAUUGGACCCAGAUGAUGUUUUCAGAGACGAGGACGAAGACCUUGAGAACGAGUUCUUCCAGGAAAAAGAAGCUUCUAAGGAGUUUAUAGUCUACUUGAUUGAUGCUUCUCCCAAAAUGUUCAGCUCUACUUGUCCCUCUGAAGAUGACAAAGGAGAAAGCCAUUUCCACAUUGCUGUUAGUUGCAUCGCUCAGUCGCUGAAGGCUCUUAUUGUCAAUCGUUCAUAUGAUGAAGUAGCUAUAUGCUUCUUUAACACGCGUGAAAAGAAGAAUCUUCAAGACCUAAAUGGUGUAUAUGUCUUUAAUGUAGCUGAACGAGAGUUUAUUGAUCGGCCAACUGCGAGACUCAUAAAAGAAUUUGACCUUAUAGAAGAAUCAUUUAUGAAAAAUAUUGGGAGUCAAUGUGGUAUUGUGGCAGAGCCUCGAGAGAAUGCCCUCUAUAAUGCUCUUUGGGUUGCACAAGGCCUUCUACGAAAAGGAUCUGUAAAGACGGCUGACAAACGCAUCUUUCUAUUCACAAAUGAAGACGAUCCUUUUGGGAGUAUGAGACCUUUUGUAAAAGCCGAUAUGACACGAACUACUUCGCAGAGAGCUAAGGAUGCACAAGAUCUUGGCAUCACAAUUGAGCUUCUUCCCUUGAGUUGCUCAGAUAAACCGUUUGACAUUACUAUCUUCUACAAGGAUUUGAUUGGAUUGGAAGGUAAUGAACUUGUGGACUUCAUGCCAUCAGUUGGGCAGAAAUUGGAGGACAUGAAAGAUCAGCUGAAGAAGCGAGUACUUGCCAAGCGAAUAGCAAAAAGAAUUACGUUUGUGAUUUGUGAUGGUCUAUCAAUAGAAUUGAAUGGUUAUGCUUUAGUCCGUCCUGCUAUUCCUGGUGCAAUAACCUGGCUUGAUUCUACUACUAAUCUUCCUCUGAAGGUUGAAAGAUCAUUUAUCUGUGUGGACACUGGAGCGAUGAUGCAAGAACCUCUACAACGCUUUCAACCUUACAAAGAUGAGAAUAUCAGAUUUUCGGUGGAGGAGCUAUCGAAAUUAAAAAGGAUUUCAACUGGACACCUACGACUUCUGGGGUUUAAGCCCCUAAGUUACCUUAAAGCUUACUACAACUUGAAGCCUUCAACAUUUCUCUAUCCAAGUGACAAGGAAGUUAUUGGCAGCACACGCAUAUUCCUUGCCUUACACAGAUCAAUGAUACAGCAGGGGCGUUUUGCUGUUGCAUUUUUUGGGAGCACUUCACCUCCUAGAUUGGUUGCCCUCAUUGCUCAGGAUGAAAUUCAGAGCAGUGCUGGUCAGGUGGAGCCACCCGGAAUGUACAUGAUAUACCUUCCAUAUACCGAUGAUAUCAGAGAUGUUGAAGAGCAUCUUUCAAAUCCCGUGGCGGGUGCCCCUCGAGCAACAGAUGAUCAGAUAAAAAAGGCAUCUGCUUUAAUGAAACGUCUUGAGUUAAAAGAUUUUUCAGUCUGCCAGUUUGCUAAUCCCGCGUUGCAGAGACACUAUGCAAUCUUACAGGCCAUUGCAUUGGAUGAAAACGAGCUACCCGAAACCACAGAUGAAACAAUUCCCGACAAGGAAGGCAUGACUAGACCUGCAGUUGCACAAGCGAUAGAAGAAUUUAAGUACUCCGUCUAUGGCGAUGUUCUCGAUGAAGAAGACCCAAAGGAGAAGUCAAGAAAACGGAAGGCUGAUAAUGUAGAUGCCGGAAACUAUUGCUGGGCCGAGCUUGCAGACAAAGGGAAGCUGAAGGAUUUGACAGUGGCGGAGCUGAAAACCUAUUUGACGGCCAACAAUCUCUCCACCGGAGGGAAGAAAGACGUGCUGGUCGAUAGGAUACUCACUCAUUUGAGUAAGAAACGUUAGCCGACAGCCAAUCUCUGAUCUUUAAUAGGGAAAUGGUAUAUGUUUCAUCAGUUUCUGUCUGAACAAGAUGUCUCGGGAAAGCUCUCAUUUGGCCUCUCAUGAAUGGAUUUUGGUUUCUCCGUACGGGGACGAACCGAUUCGGGUCAUGUAAAUGAAUUUCAACGUGUGGUCCAAACUCCAUUUUUGAAAGUGAUUCGAGUGGCAUGUUUGGUCUAAUCA